GACAGCCGUAACGGUGACAAUCUGACAAUUGCACUUCCGUGAAUCAUAUUCAUUUACAUUUUUCUAAAAUAAAACAAUAAACACAUAUUUACUCAAAAACUAUGGAGCUUCAAGACACUUAUUAUAAUAAAUCCGAAUACGUAGAAACUGCUUCAGGUAAUAAAGUUAGCAGACAAACAGUGCUUUGUGGAUCUCAAAAUAUAGUAUUACACGGAAAAGUAAUAGUGCAAAGUGAUGCCAUUAUCAGAGGAGACUUGGCAAAUGUGAAAACAGGAAGGUUUUGUAUCAUAAGCAAAGGCUCUGUUAUACGACCUCCUUUCAAGAAAUUUAGUAAAGGUGUGGCUUUCUUCCCUCUACAAAUGGGUGAUCAUGUAUUUGUUGGUGAGAACACAGUUGUGAAUGCUGCUGUUGUUGGCUCCUAUGUCUACAUCGGAAAGAAUGUUGUUAUUGGUCGGCGGUGCGUGCUCAAAGACUGCUGUAUGAUUGAGGACAAUUCCGUGCUCCCAGCUGAGACUGUAGUGCCUUCAUUUGCUAGAUAUUCCGGAAGUCCAGCUCGUCUCAUCACCACAUUACCUGAAGCGAUGCCUGAUCUCAUGACGGAGUUCACCAAGAGUUAUUAUCAACAUUUCUUACCAACUACAGUACAAUAAAAUGUAUUAGAUGAUCAGUUCCUGUCAGGUAGCUUUGCUUAUCUGAAGUUGGCUACUAGUGACUUCAAUAUAGUAAACAUGUAUAAACAACACUAACAUUCAUGUGCAAGGUGUAUAAUUGCUAACUUCAGAGAAGUAAUGUUUUUUGGGGGGAACUGUAUGAGGAUGUAUAUUUAUUUAUAUUUCAGCGUUAUGUUUAAGUAUAUGAAAGCAUAUUAAUUAACUAAUAAAGACUUUAUUUAUAAGGCUUUGCUAUUAAAGCUCUCAAUAAAAGAAGCAUUUUCCAAGA